UUGUCUUUUAACAUUGAUGAGUUGAUAACUAGAUACAAGAGAUCUAAAUACAAUUUUUUAAGGCCAAGUGAAAAAAAUUAGAGCAAUGGAUAGGCAAAUCAACAGUGUUGAAAUGGAGCAAAGGAAAGGCAGAAGAUUAGUGUUGUUUCCAUUACCAUUACAAGGCCACAUUAAUCCCAUGUUUGACCUUGCAAACAUUCUUCAUUCAAGAGGGUUCUCAAUCACCAUUAUCCACACCACUUUCAACUCUCCCAACCCUUCAAACUACCCUCACUUCACUUUCCGUAUCAUCUCCGAAGACUUGCCUGAAAACAAUCGAUGCACGAAAGAUCUCAUCGCUUUCGUCUCGAUGCUCAAUGCGAUAUGUGGAUCGCCUUUUCGUGAUUGCUUGGCUGAUUUGUUGUCCGAUACUUCAGAGGAGCCGAUUGCUUGCUUGAUUUCCGAUGCUAUACUUUACUUCACUCAAGAUGUUGCAAAUGAACUUAAGGUUCCUAGGAUGGUAUUGAGGACUGGUGCUGCCUCUUCCUUUUGUGUUUUCUCUUCUUUUCCUCUCCUAAGGGAAAAAGGGUACCUUCCUAUACAAGAUUCUCAGCUAGAGGAGCCAAUAGUUGACCUUCCACCAUUAAGAGUAAAAGACCUCCCAGUGAUCCACACAAAUGACCCUGAAGAUCUUUACAAUGUGGUGGUUGGCAUGGUGGAACAAAGCAUAGCAUCAAAUGGUAUGAUAUGGAACACUUUUGAAGAACUAGAAGGGACUUCCCUUGCAACGCUUCACCAAAAACUUGGGGUUCCACUUUUUCCAAUUGGUCCAUUCCAUAAAUGCUUUGCAGUCACUUCAAGUACUACUUCAAGCAGUUUGUUAACACAUGACCAAAGUUGUAUUUCAUGGUUAGAUAAACAAGACCCUAAAUCAGUCAUCUAUGUGAGCUUUGGUAGUUUAGCAUCAAUAAGUGAAACCCAAUUCUUGGAGAUAGCUUGGGGUUUAGCUAAUAGCAACCAACCAUUCUUAUGGGUGGUUAGGCCAGGUCUAGUCCAUGGUUCAAAUUGGGUUGAACCAUUGCCAAAUGGGUUCUUGGAAACAUUGGGUGGGAAGGGACAUAUUGUUAAAUGGGCUCCUCAACAACAAGUGUUGGCUCAUCCAUCUGUGGGAGCCUUUUGGACCCACAAUGGGUGGAAUUCAACUUUGGAGAGUAUUUGUGAAGGGGUCCCUAUGGUUUGCAUGCCUUGUUUCACUGACCAAAAGGUUAAUGCAAGGUAUGUGAGUGAGGUUUGGGGGAUUGGUUUGCAAUUAGAGAAAGGGCUUGAGAGAGGGGAAAUACAGAGGACAAUCAAAAGGUUAAUGGUGGACAAAGAUGGGGAAUAUAUAAGGGAGAGAAUGUUGAAUUUAAAGGAGAAAUCAAAUCUUUGCUUGAGUGAAAGUGGGUCUUCAAAACAAGCACUAGAUAGCUUGGUUCAUCACAUUUUAUCAUUGGAAUCACUUACUUUUCAUACUCAUUAAAAGAUUGUGAAUAAGCCUCUCAAUCCCUAGUUAAUAAAAUCUUUGGGGGAGCUUUAGUUAAUUUUAUCCAAUUUCUAAUGUUAUGCUACUUGUUUGUUUUAGUGAUUUGGUUACUCAAAUAAUAAUAGGAAUAAUAUUAAAUUUAAA